AGCUGUCGGAGCUCGUAAAAGACAGAGAGUGAGGGAAGAAAUCAAGAAAUGGAGAGAAGCUCGAGCGGACUAUCGAGCCCAGAAGCGGAAUUAGGGCACAGAGUAGAAGAUAUAUGGGAGAGCUUACAAGAGCCUCUUCUCAGUCCUUCUGAGAAGCUCAACUCCUGCUUCCAGAACAUUCCCGUCUCUUCCUUCCCUCCUGCCCCUUCCUCCCAAGUAAUUGAGAUAAAUUCGGAUUCCAGUCUGGCCGAAGCUGUCCAGAUAUUAUCCAGUCACAAAAUUCUGAGUGCACCUGUGCGUAAUGUUGACGCACCUGAAGAUGCAAGUUGGAUUGACAGAUACAUCGGCAUUGUAGAGUUUGCAGGAAUUGCCGUAUGGAUUCUGCAUCAGUCUGAAGUUGCAGCUCUUGGGAUGAUGGCUGGAUCUGCAGGCAUGGGAUUAGCUGUAGGAGGAUUAGUGGGUACAGUAGGUGCCGCUGCAUUGGGGACACCAGCAUCUGCAAUAACUGGCACUGCUCUUCCUGCAGCAGCUGGUGCUGGUGCGAGUGCUGCUGUUGGACCUGGACAUUCAGGCCCGGAAGCAGCUGCUUCAAUGGGUGGAAACUUUUUCGAAGCCUUGACCUCUUCUGACUUCUACAAGAAUACAAAGGUUCUAGACAUCUCUGGGUCGUUUCGCUGGGCCCCAUUUCUUGCCCUUCAGAAAUCUGACUCCUUCCUGACCAUGCUAUUGCUCCUGUCCAAGUACAGAAUGAAGAGCCUUCCUGUGGUUGACCUGGGUGAAGUGAAGAUUGAUAACAUCAUCACACAGUCUGCUGUUGUUCACAUGCUGGCAGAAUGUGUUGGGCUUCCGUGGUUUGAGAACUGGGGCACAAAGAGUCUGUCCGAACUAGGCCUUCCAAUCAUGAAACCAAGCCAAUUAGUGAAGGUGAAUGCAGAAGAACCUGUUUUGCAGGCCUUUAAACUGAUGAGAGAAAAGGGUGUUGGUGGACUCCCAGUUGUUGAAGAUGAUGGAAGGAAGGCUAUUGGAAAUAUAAGCAUUAGAGAUGUCCAGUUCCUUCUAACCACUCCUGACAUACAUAAAGAUUACAGAUCCAUCACAGCUAAGACCUUCUUGACUGCCAUUCGUAGCUAUCUGGAGGGACAUGAUGACACUUCUUCACCAAUGCUCCUUGGCACAAUUACAUGCCAGAAACAUGAAACUAUCAAAGAUGUGAUCCUGAGGCUCGACUCUAAAAAGAUACAUCGAGUUUAUGUCGUCGAUGAGGAAGGGAAUCUUGAGGGUGUGAUUACCCUCCGAGACAUAAUCUCCAAGCUAGUACAUGAGCCUCCUGGCUACUUUGGAGAUUUCUUUGAUGGCGUUGUUCCUCUGCCACCAAACAGCCGAGUCUGAGAGAUAACAAGUUUGAUGUAGGAUCGGCCGCUUCUUGAUCGGGUAGCAUAGUUGGAUUGGCUGUGAGAUAUGCAAGAAGGUGAUGUUGUUGUGGUCUAAAAGAUUUGGAUGUCAACUUUUGUAAACUCUCUCUCUCUCUCUCUCUCUCUCUCUCUCUCUCUCUCUCCUGUUUUGCUUUUGUAGAACUGCAGCUUUUUCUCUAGAGAUGUCUGCUUUACAUAAUGAGGUGUUGGGUUUUGUGGCGAUGGCGGUGGAGGCGUAAGUACGGUGUGGUUGCUAUGUUGGUUUUGGCAGUGGUGCCAGUCGGCAAGAGAUUCAGUGGCGGUGGGAUGGACAGUGGAGAUGUAAGCUUGGUGUGGGUGCUAUGGUGGAUUUGGCAGUGGUGCCACAGUCAGCAGGGGAUUCAGCGAUGGAGGUGGUGGAAUGGGCGGCGAAGGCGACAUAGGUGGUGAGUUUGGGGCAAGUGGAGGUCUUGGCCAUUGGUCAUUUUGGUCAUUUCACAUCCACAAAUGCGCCAUGAUGGCAGUCAUGGCAUGGAUAACGAGCAUUGACAGGAAAUAGUAGUGAAGGAAUAUGAAAAUAACAAAACUGAGGGGAAUAUCUGCAAAUCUCAGAAAUAGAGGAGGCUAUGUGAAAAAAAAAACUUGGAUUUAGAUGGACCUGUACAAUUUACUGAAUAUGUCAUCCUUUUGUUGCAUAUAAUGAUCAAUCUGACCGUUCAAUUUAUUUGUGACAGCAUUGGUGGGCCAGUGCCUGAUUUUCACAAUAGGGUGGCACUAACCCAUCUAAUCACUUUGUUUUUACU